AUAAAAUCAUGACGUGGGGAGUUGGUUUGUUGACAAUCAUUGCUUUUGACGUAUGAUUGUUGUUAAGUCAGGUUUUGCGUGGAGAUGAACGAAGAACAGUUAUUAGAAGAUGGACCGAAUGUUGAUUUUCGAGGUGUAACGCUGCAGAUACAGCACGAUGCUGACCAAAGUAGAAGUCCAAGUAGUCAGGGAGACAGUGAUUCAGUUGCAAAGCUGUCAUUGUCUCCUGACACGGGAAUUGAGCAAAACAGGUCUAAUAAAGAAAGUGGUGAUCUAAAGCCAGCAAUUUCAAGCGGCACAGAUGUUAUAUCUCCAAUAACGUCAAUACCAAGGAAAAUUUCAGAACACCUGAAGAAAUCUCAUUCAAAAGAAGGUUCUGCUGUGCAAAGUGAUGCAAUUUGCCAGAAUAGUGCUCUGGAACAUGAUAAUGCCAAAGAUUAUUUUACAUAUAGGGAUGGCAUAGUAGAAAAUGCAGUAAAGGAAUGUGUUGAAAAAAUACUAGUUCCAGAAAAAGAUGGAGAAUUUAUUGGAUCUUGGCUUAUGACAGAGAUAAGUUUUUGGGAUAAUGAGAAAGAGAGACUAGUUCUUCUUUCAAGUGCUACAUUAACCACUGUAAAAUAUGACUUUAUUGCCCUGAAACAGCUAGAAUACCGCAAAGUUCCUCUAGAUCUUCUUGAUACUCUUGUUAUCGGCGAUCUUAUCUAUCCACCAGGAUCUCUUGUUCCGAGGCUGAAUGGUCUAGCAACGGGGGUUGUCACAGUCGUGAAGGGCUGUCUGCUGCGACCUCUGCAGGAACGCUGGUCACACACAGCAUCUGCAGAGUUCUGUGCUAAUCCAUUUGACAUCCAUAAUUUUGAGCCCAGGUCACGCAAUGUACGUGGAUUACGUGCAAUGUGGAAUCGAGGGGAACCAUUAACAUUUACCAAGAGAUGGAAUCCAUUUAAUAGUGAUAUACCUUUUACAACGUAUACAUCUCACCCACUUCUGUGGCACAAAGAUGGUGAUAGCAAUAAAAUGUAUGAUGUUGAAGACUUUGCACGUAAACUUGUGGAUGCUGUGGAACACAUACAGAAAGAGGCUGAUGGUCCAGUAUGCAGAGUGGAACACAAGUCUAUCGUGCUCCAGAAUUAUGUUGGCCUGGGUUCUGUAAUACACAACAAAAAUUCUUUAGGAUUCUUUAAAGUACGUGGAAAAUUUAGUUUUUAAUUGUUCCUGGACGAAACUUUGUUCGGGGCUGACAGGCAGGCUAAUGCAACUGUCAUCUACAGUAAUUAAUUUACAAAAAUACGUUCCUAUGUUCGAAAUUCCUCAAAACAGACAUGUAAGGUGUAAAGUUGUUUGUUUGUGUUACUAAUCCUUGAGAAACUACCUGUAUAAUAGUAUAAUGGCAGAAGUACUACUAUUUUAGGUUCCAUUGCCUUCGAAUUUUUCAUGAUUAUGUUUUGACAUCUGUGACUGUUGUUGUGGGUAAAAAUUUGUAUGUAUUACAAGUUUUUGGAAUUUUGAAAUGUAGCUUGUGUUAUUUAAAUAUACUUUGUAUGGUGUUACACUGUAUUAUAUACUAGCAGUAAUCUGCUGUUUCUGUAAGUUGUAAAAUUUGGUGGGGUUAUUGCCAUUCUUUUUUGCACAGAUUUUGUUCAUGUUUACCAUUGAUAGUUAUUCAUGCUGCACUGUAGAAAUAUUUUGUAAAUCAUAGUUUUAUCAAUCUUAAGAUUAGUCAGUAGUCCUUGACAUUACAUUGAUGUGAAAGCAAAUUAACAUGACAGGUAGUAAAGACUAAUGUACUGAACAACCAGGAAUGGUAGUGCACUUUUUCUUUAACCAAAUUUUAAAAUCUCACAUAAAAUUAUAAAGUAUCAUAUUUAUUUCACAUGCCACUGUUUGUAUUUAUUUGUUAUUGUAUUUGAAGAUGUGAGUAGAUACAGAGGUGUGAUAUUUAUGUUGAAAAUAAGUUAACACUUUACAUUUCAGGCUUAAUCUUUCAGCAGGCAUAUACAGAAUCAUUCAGUAUAUGAUGUCUCAAAAUAUUAUAUUGGCCUUUAUUAUGAAUUUAAACUUUGAAUUUAACAAAAAAUUUAAACAUUGAAUUUAACAAAAAAUUUGCUUUAAACUUACUUUAUACUAUAAAUGAAAUUGAAAUUGCCCAAUUGUAUUGGGUGUUUAAAUGGACAGUAAAAUUGAAUAUUUGCAGUUUAUCAAUGCAUUCAAAAAGAACUGAAAAAGAAAAUACUGGCUGAUUGUUUUCAGCCAAAGCCAUGAAUUUUCAUAUUGAAGAAGCUAGUGUAACUGUUGAAACCCACCAGUUAGACACAGUUUGUGUUACUGUCAUCUUGUUUAUGGGAUAAAAAUUGUUGAUUUCCAGACCCAAUUAAUGACUGUAACUGUGGAAUAGGUCAGUGGCCUUGUUCAUUAUGGAGAUCCACUGACUUGAAUUUAUGAUACUGAAUUUUCUGUACAUCAUGUGUAUUAAUACGCCUUGAAACCAUUGGAAGACUAUUGAAAUAGGAAAUAGUUUUUGGCGUGUCCCUAAACAUAGUUUAAUUUAAUUAACAUCAUUAGUUCAGUAGUAAUGCUCUGAAUACUUAUUUGUUUCUAAUGCUUUUCACUUCUUGAUGAUGUUGAUGAAUAUCAGAUUUAGUUGGACUGAGCUGGUGUCCGAGAUGUUGCCUUACCAAAAUAACUAAACAAUAACAGUAAUUCAUCUGCGUAACAGAUUAUGUCUCUGUUGUAAUGCAUCGAACAGUAGGUUUGAAGGUGUUAUUCACAAUAUGAAUUGCAUGAAGAAUUGCAGUUAAGCUUUGUCAUGGAGUGUAGUUAUUGAUGGUUGAUUUGUCCUCUACCUUUUGUGCUCUACAGCGUCCUCUUAAGUGAUAUCAUUUACUGAGACAUAACUAGUAUAAGGACCUAAUUUACAGACUGUUUAAUUCUUUUAGUGUUCAUAGUCCAUGACAUGUAACUCCUAUGAAUAACGGUUUUCUUUAAAAAUGGAAUAGAAAUCAAAACGAUGUUUUCACAAAUAAUUCUUUGUUAGCUAAACUGUACUUCUGUAUGGCCCAUGCUAUUGUGAAACCAUCAUACAUUUUGAAACUCAUAAAGCUCCACUUUUAAUUUACUUAUGUGUUCUCGAGAGAGUGUGUUGUUUAUUAUUGUAAAAUUCCAUCUAGAUUGUAAGAAUGUUUACCCAUUUUUAAUUCCUGUUUUAGGAAGUUUAAGAUAUACACUAUGAGCUUCAGUUGUAUUUUUGAAUAGAUGUACAUAUAUUAUAUUGUACAAACUUAUAAAGCACGUUGUAUGUUGAGGAGAGUGAAGAAAAGCUGACCAUGUACCUAGUCAUGUCCUAGUCAGUAAGAGAAAUAAAAUGGCAAUAUAGGUCAUUCAUUAUUGUAACAGCUUAACCAAAAAGAAUUAUUAUAUCUACUAUGUCUUCUGCAGUUCUGUCUCUUAAACAACUGUAAUGCUGUAAUUGUUGAUUGAAAUUUUACCUUCCCAUUAUGGAUCUCAAAAAAAUGAUUUUUGCAUGUAGGGGGUGCCAUGGUUUAUAUGCAUCAUUUCAUAAUAUGUGUAGAGAAUGAUGAAAGGCACAGAUACUGACUUACAAUGAUCUCAUUCUGGAUAUAAAAUCCAUAAACUAGUUUCAAACUGAAUUAAUUGUUUUUAGACACAAACGUGUCAUUUUGGUACUGUCACAUCCCAAGAGUGGUUAUGUCUGACAUUGUAGAAAACAGGUUCGUGUUGUGGGAUUCAGCUGCUUUAACUAGAUGGGAGAGAAACUUGACUUGUCGUGAUGUUAUUCUCUGAGGCACCUAUCGGUGAUUUAAUGAUGACUAGAAUAAGUGAUUCAGAAGAUAGAGUUGACUAAAGUCUAUUCUACAGUUUCAACUACAGUAAAUUGCUGACCUUACCACAGUAUCUUCCAAAGAGAGACCACAACCUUGUAUGGUGGUGAUGACUGCUUGUCAUCAUUCCAUAUGUUCACAGAAACUCCCACACAAGAUGCAAUACCCCAGGAAACCAACAGAGAACUAUCUCCAUAUCAACAUUUUAUAGGGCACAUCUUAAUCUUUGCCUCAAUGUCUGGUGAAGCAAACUAACCAACCACAUCAUCUCCACUGGAGAUACUGUCGCUAAAUUUUUGUGCUCUCUUCCCUUUAAAAUCUUCUGCCCCGGUAGUGUUGUAAAAUUGUGGGUGUCUCUCCUGAUUAGUUCACAGUGAGUGUUGGCAUACCAAAAAACUAAGGGAAAAGAAAUGGUUGGGGGUGGGGAAUAGAUAUGACCUUGAUUUACAGCCAACUGAUGAGUUCAUACAAAAACUUGAGUGCCCAUUGGCCACCAGUGACAUGCUUGACUCCCCACCACGAGACCUCAUUCUUUCUCUCACACAUCUAAUACUUUUGUCCUUUCAAGACUGGCAUCUUUAGCAUUUUUGCCUAAUCCUGUUUUACUUGCUAUGCAUUGUCAGCUUCACAUGUUGUCCUUCCUCUUUUGUUUGAGCCCUGUGUCUGUGUUAUUUCCCCACAGGCUGGUGAUGGCAGCCUUGAAGUCAGUUUGGUCUGACUACUUGCCACCUUGUGACUGCUCCUGUCAGACUCAAAAUCUGUCUCUUCUUUAUUUCGUUCUUUAUUAUUUAUAAGACUUGACUUUCCUGUUGUGAACACAGCAUUGCCUUACUCAAAUGGAAAAUGAGUCUCAUGAUAUAGACUUUUACAAUAUUCAAAAUUAAUAAAUUACGUACAUGAAGGCUAUCUGGUACACCAAUCAAGAUUUGAAGCUAAUACUGCAUCAGAUGAUUGAGAUUUUAGUAACACUUCUAUUUAUAAAAUUUAAAAUGUCAUAGGAAAUUACUUAAUAAAGAAAUACACACUGUAUUCUGCUGAAUGAAGACUGAGACCUACUCAGUUAGGUGAAAGGCACAUACUAAGCUCUAUCUGGUCUUUGAGUAAUUUCAUUGAGAAACACGACAUUAUCAAUUGUUUGAAGUAUUUGAUGCUGAACUACUAAAAUAAGACAUUUUUUCUUCAUAAAAUAAAGAAAAUUUUAUCUUAUCUUUGUCUUUUGUUUUUGAAACUAUUUAUACUCAUUCGGUAUUGGUAGUUAAUAAUAAUGCUCGUGUGCAAAUAUAUCAAAUAAAAUGGGAAUGGCACUUGAGAGAAAUACUUAUUGAACUUAGAAGAAAGAUUAUUAUGUUAAAGGUAUAAGCUGGUUGAUUCACACUUCAACCCUGAAUAAACCGAGUGCUUUUUAGAGAAAUAUGAAUGAAAUAAACAUAAAGCGCAAUAUGCAUUGUGGACAGUGCUUCACUGUCCUCUAUUUAUUACGCUUUUGCAAAAGGAAGUGUUUGGAGUGAAAAAUAUUACGACAACAUAAUUCUGAUGUUUUUCAUAUGUCUCCCAUAUAAUUACAAACUUCCAAAUGUUAUUACCCAGUUCACUGCAAGUUGAAUGUUUGCGAAGUUUCUUCGCAAAAUGUACAUCAGCAUGUUUGUAAAUUGCUUCUGUAGCCUUUGAUUUGUAAUAUGACAAUCUCUUUUGAGAAAAAAAAAGAAAAUAAAUAAUUUUGGUGUUGCCAUACUUAAGUUUAAACACAUUUCAUAAGACAUGAGUUCUUAUUAAAGCUGAAAAAUGAAUUAAAAUUUUUCACCAUUUUUAAUAAACAGUUUAACUGGAAAUUAAUAGUAAUCCUUUUAGUGGUUUAUCUUAAAGUGUGAAACUAUACCUUUUUAGAAUGUCAUCAGUCAUCAGUCACCUGCAUCAAAUACACAAAUGCAUUGCAAAUUCUCUGUUACUUUUCUAGGGGAAGCUAGAUCUCAAUUGAUGCACACAUCAGAGAAGCCAUUGCUUUAACCCUAAAUUAUGUCAGUUCGUAAUGGAACAACUGAAACAAAAGUUGUUGUUGUUGUUGUUGUUGUUGUUUUGUGUGUGUGUGUGUGUGUGUGUGUGUGUGUGUGUGUGUGUGUGUCUUCGCAUGAAAUAAUACUUCUGUAUUACGUCCAUAUGAGAAAAGCUGGUAGUGUUUGGUGCAUAGAGUAGAACUUUCAUGUGUAAAAGGAUAGCACCAAACACUAGCUGCUUUUCUCAGUUGGUAGUAUUCUUUCACGUGAAAUAUUAUGUACACACACUUCACAUGAUAAGUAUGUUUAUCUAAUUGUAAUAUGGGUUGAUAGUAAUAGUGAGAGCUGAUAGUAAAACUGGCAGAAAUACGAGCUCACACCUUAAAAUAGUGAAACAUAACUGGCAACAAGGAUAAUGAAAGUGUGUGGACUGACUAUGAUGUGAUUGAGGGUUCUGAAUUGAAUACUUGCAGUCACAGAUGAGGAAACUGAGCCUUUAACGUGAUUUCUUUCAUUCUGAGCUUUCUCCAAUAUCAUUAUUUUUGUGCUAUAGUUGGAAUUCUGCUUCUUAUAACUCUGGUGAGUGACGUGAAUUGAAGUGGUAAAUAAUAAUGAAACUGAGAAGUGCAAUAAAAGUUUUGACACCAAUUAUAAUUAUUUAUAUGAUACACAAUAGAUGUCAGAUAGAUGUAUUUAUGUUCAAUUUAAGAAUGCUCAUAAGUGUACCUUUUCAAUAUUUUGUAUGAAUAUUUUGGUCAUAGUCACAUUAAUCAUCAGGAAUAGUGUCUAGAUUUGGUAGAUUAAAUGAUACGUCCAUGUACUUGGAAUUAUUUGAGUCAUUAGAGAGGAUGAUGUAGCUGAUUUUAUAAGGAUUUAUUUAAGUGCAAUAGUGUGAGGCAAGCAAUUAUUAGGUUAACAAUUACUUUUGCUACUACUGAUUGUCACUGCUUUGUCAGAUGGACAAAGCUGAUGUACACUGUUACCUUUCAUUGUGGAUAUCCUUUUUGAAGGCUAAAUUGAAGCAAUAACCAAAGUUGUGGACACGCAACUGUGCAGAAGAAACAUUACGUGAAAGAAAGAAACAAGGUGUUUGUGAAUUUAUAUGACUAUUCCAAAUGCUGCCUGAACUUUCUCUUUGCAAAUUUUGAAUGUCCAUAUACUAUAACCAUGCUAUGAUAGAAGCAAUAUAUUAUUCUUUUUAACGUACUAUGAUCUCAUAUGUUAGGUCACUGAAGUAGCUUACAUGCCUAAACAAUUUGUUACUGCAUGGCCUAAUCAGUAAAUAAGUGUUUCAUUGAAACUUUUUAACAAGUAACCCAUGAGAAACAUAUCAUUCAAAGUUGUUUGCUGUUAAAGAGUGUGAUAUUGUAAAAUAUAUUUGGCAUUGUGAUAAUAUAUAAUUAAAGACUUAUUAUCAUCGUCGUCAUCUGCUAAACUCUAUAUUGUUCAAGUAAAUUAAUUCAGAAAUACUAAUACAAAUAGAAUGUAAUUUGGUACACCAUUUAUGACAUUUCUGAACAUAUUUAAUAGGUGUGUUUGUCUCUGAAUUUGUUAAAUUCUAGAAUUUUUGAUAUGCCUGAGACUGAGCACCAAAUCUCUAGAUUGGUGUCCAACAGCAUUGACUUGAGGUUAUAUACAUUUUGAAAAUAUGAAAGCAAUUACCUGGCUUGAAUUUUUGAGGUACAUUGUACAGUAUUGAUGGUGCAAUAUAAUGUUGAAAUUGGAAUAAUAAUUUUAAUACUGUUGCAUCAAAUUUGAAUUUUUAAUAAAAUAAAUUGUUAACAAA